AUGACCAAAGGGGAAAUGGAGUCAGUUGAAGUGUUCACGUCUGAAGGCAAAGGCAGGGGUUUGAAAGCCCAGAAGGAAUUCCUGCCCGGGGAUGUCAUCUUUGCGGAGCCAGCCUAUGCAGCCGUGGUGUUUGAUAGCCUGACACAUGUCGUCUGUCACACCUGCUUCAAGAGACAGGAGAGGCUCCAUCGCUGCGGCCAGUGCAAGUUUGCCCACUACUGCGACCGGACCUGCCAGAGAGCAGCUUGGCUCAACCACAAAAAUGAGUGCUCUGCCAUCAAGAAGCAUGGCAAGGCACCCACUGAGAACAUCAGGCUGGCUGCCCGCAUCAUGUGGAAGAUAGAGAGGGAAGGCAGCGGGCUGUCAGAGGGCUGCCUGGUCUCCAUCGAUGACCUGCAGAACCAUGUGGACAACUUUGGCGAGGAGGAGAAGAAGGAGCUCCAUGCGGAUGUGCAGAGCUUCCUCGAGUUUUGGCCACCCCAGAGCCAGCAGUUCGGCAUGCAGUACAUCUCCCAUGUAUUUGGAGUGAUCAGCUGCAAUGGCUUCACCCUCAGUGACCAAAGAGGACUGCAGGCUGUUGGUGUGGGAAUCUUCCCCAACCUCUGCCAGGUCAACCAUGACUGCUGGCCCAACUGCACUGUCAUCUUCAACAACGGCAAUCAUGAGGCUGUAAGAUCAAUGUUCCACACACAGAUGAGGAUCGAGCUGCGAGCACUGAGCAAGAUUUCUCCAGGGGAUGAGCUGUCUGUUUCCUAUGUGGAUUUCCUCAACGUCAGCGAGGAGCGGCAGAAGCAGCUCAAGAAGCAGUAUUACUUCGACUGCUCCUGUGAGCACUGCAAGAAGCAGAUCAAGGAUGACCUGAUGCUGGCGGUGAAGCAGGGAGAAAGCAAGCCCUCUGCAGAGACAGUGAAGGAAGUGGUCCAGUUCUCCAAGGACACACUGGAGAAGAUCAACAAGGCCCGCAUAGAGGGACUUUACCAUGAGGUUGUGAAGAUGUGCCGUGAGUGCCUGAAGAAACAGGAGCCUGUGCUGGGGGACACGAACAUCUACCUGCUGAGGAUCCUCAGCAUUGCCUCCGAGGUGCUCUCCUACCUCCAGAUGUUUGAGGAAGCAGCUGACUAUGCCAAGAGGAUGGUGGAUGGCUACAUGAAAAUAUACCAUCCCAACAACGCGCAGCUGGGGAUGGCCGUGAUGCGGGCAGGAGUCACUCACUGGCAUGCUGGCCUCAUUGAGGCUGGGCAUGGCUUGAUCUGUAAAGCCUAUGCCAUUCUCCUGAUAACCCAUGGACCUUCCCACCCAAUUACUAAAGACCUAGAGGUCAUGCGUGUCCAGACGGAGAUGGAGCUGCGCAUGUUCCAGCAGAAUGAGUUCAUGUACUACAAGAUGAGGGAAGCUGCCCUCAAAAACCAAAAGAUUCAAGUCAUGCCUGAACCCAGCAAUGAGACCUCACCAGGCCUCUUCCACAAGAAGGAAUAA